GGAAGUAGCGCAUGUUCUACACAAGUUUGACCCUUGUGGAUGUAGAAUUUAUGAUUACCACAAAAUAAAUUCGGUUAUUUUAGUUAAAUGUGCAUCUAAAAGCCGCAGCAAUAAUUCAGGUAAGUAGUAAUCACUGUAUUGUGUGGGACCGCUACAAAAACCCUAUACAUAAUCCUGCAAUACCUUGGUCAUAAAAGCACAAGAAAGUGACUGUGGAAGUGAAGAUUCCGCUGUAGUGGAGACAGCAUGAGACUGACAGCGUUGCUUUCUAUGGCAGCAAAAGCUGCAUUUCCACGUGAUUAUCGUUAUGGCACAAACAGACCGUGGACGAUCGCAGCCCAGCGGCUUAAUCCACCCGGCAAGAAAAGAAGAAAGGUGUUUGUUGAACCUAUUGCAAAUGAGGACUGGCAUGUGCUGAGAGGUGACACAGUGGAGAUUUUGUCUGGAAAGGACAAAGGAAAGCAGGGCAAAGUUGCUCAGGUGUUUCGGCGGCGAUCCUGGGUCAUACUCGAGGGCCUCAACACGCAUUACAGGUAUAUUGGCAGAUCUGGAGAUUACCGGGGUACUUACAUCGCCAGUGAAGCCCCUCUGCUGCUGAAGGAUGUUACAUUAAUUGACCCUACUGACAGGAAGCCCACAGAUAUCGAGUGGAGAUACACUGAAGAGGGCGAGCGCGUACGUGUUUCCGUCAGGACAGGACGGAUUAUUCCCAAACCAGUCUAUCAGAGAAGAGAUGGCAUCAUUCCCCAACAGUGGAAAGAUGGACCCAAAGACACAUCACCAGAAGACACGCUUCAGAAAACAUACACACCAGCUUUGAAAACCCUCGAGGAAGAAGUUAUGGAGAAAAUGAACAUUCAGGAAGAUAGAAGGCCUCGUAAAAGCUACUGGUACUGAGUUACCACAAAGACUGUGUAUUAUGUUUCAGCAUAACAACAUUACCAAGAUUAUUUAUCAUGGAGAAAAAUUGUAUGUGUUCUGCAGACUUUAUCAAUAAACCCAACUGAAUGUUA